CCAGAACUCUGAAGUGAACAUUUUUACUUCUCUGUCGAUUUCUUCGUUCUACUUUUGACUAGACGGAGAUGCAGUGGCUGCUGAUCACCAUCUCCCUGUUUGGCCUGACUCUGGCCGAGAUUGUUCUCCAGGAACAUGGCUACCUGCAACUCUCCGGUCGAGGAGGAAACAAAUUCCAGUUCGGCAUGAACGCAGCCAGCGAGAGUUCGUUUGAUGCUCGGCAUCGCUACCUCUACGUCAUAGGUUCCGAAGAACGAGUCUUACACCAGGUCCGCAUCAACUCGAACGGGAGUUACAUGUGGCCGGAGCUCGUCCACCACUACGAUCUGCCUGACGUAGACGACGGCAACCCGCUCGACGUCGAAGUCUGCUACGACUAUCCCACCGGCUACUUCGUAAUUUCAUUCGAGGGCAAAGACGACGCGUCGAGCGGCCACAUCAACUUCUACGACCUUCCCAUCUCGGACGGCGCGACUCUCAACCUGAUAAAGAGAAUUGUUGUUGGAUCCCACCCAGAGAAUUUGAAGUUUACCUCGGACUGUAAGACAUUGGUUGUGUCUGAUGAAGGCACACCCUACAUGAGCGAUGGUGUUAAGAUUGACCCGGAAGGGGAAAUAAAUAUCAUUGACACGGCCUCGUUCGAUCGCUCAACGCUUGGCUUCUCGGUUAGGUGGAAUAACGACCAAAACGCACAACAGGAUCUGAUCGACCGCGGAUACAGAUUUUGGAUGAAUGACGCCAUUUCCACGUUUUCCUCCAACAUCGAGCCUGAAUACAUCGCCAUCAACAACGACGGACACAAGGCUUACAUAACGCUUCAGGAGAACAACGCCAUGUGCAUCGUCAACCUCACCAGCAAGUCCAUCAUGAACAUCUACCCGAUGGGUACCAAGGACUGGAACUCGCACGUCUUCAGUAUUGAUGUCAGCGAUAGAGAUGUAAACAAUGGGAAAGGGAUCGUCAUGAAGCGACGGAAGCUGAAAUCGUUCUUCCAGCCGGACAAGAUUGCUCAUCUCAAGUGGAACAACCUGGACUACAUUGUGACGACAGAUGAAGGAAGAAAGAGUAAUAUUCCUGCGCUCAGUUUCACCGACAACGAGCGCGCAGCCGCACUAGACUGGAGCCACAUAUCAGAUCCUGUGCUGAAAACUCAGCUGGAAAACAAUGCUGAAAUGGGACGCUUGCAUGUGAGUACCGUGGACUCGGGCGCCCCGAAUGAAGUGUUCGCGUUUGGAGGUCGGGGAUUCUCGAUCUGGGAGUCCCUCGACGCGUUUGGUCUCGGUGGGAGGGUGUACGAAAGCGGGGACGACUUCGAGGUGAUCGGCGCUCAGAGCUACGACAGAACGUUCAACGGCGACUCGUCGACCGGAACGCGGACUCCGGUACAGGAGGCCGACUCCAGAUCUCCCAACAUGGGUCCUGAAAUUAACUCUUUAGCAGUCGGCGACUUUGACGGCAUCACUAUGCUGUUUUUCGGAUCCGGACGAAAUGGCAAUAUAUAUGUAUACGCGUUGAAUCCCGCCAUAACUAGCUACCCAACUCCGAUAUUUCAACACGUACAUCGACGCGGAUCGCUACAGUCGCCGUGGAAUACGCUGUAUGCCCAGGGCUUGGCGGGAGAUGCCGGUAUCAAUGAUAUGAGCUACGUAGACGUUGCCGGGGAGCGGGCGCUGGUGGUGGUGUCGUCUAGGAGCAGCAGUGUCUCCCUCUACAAGCUGGUUGACGGAGAGAAGUCCAACGUACCGUGAGAGGAAACCCAGGAACGAUAACUCGUCACGUUGUUUGUUUGAAAGCUUUAAUGCAGAAGGAAUAAAAAUGUUUAUAA